AUGGUGAUGAUAGGGAAGCUCCUACGGUUUGGAAGAAGGCAGCUUCACACCAUUAUUUCUCGAGAUAUAAUCAAACCCGCAAAUCCAACCCCUUCUCAUCUCCAAACUUAUAAUCUUUCCGAGCUUGAUCUACUCAUCGGGAAGUUAUACUUACCAAUGCUUCUGUUAUACCCAAACAAAGAUAGUUGCAGCUUAACUGCCCAAGACAAAACCAGGGUGCUGAAGAACUCUUUGUCCCAGAGCUUAACAAAGUACUAUCCCUUUGCUGGCAGGUUACCCACACUCAAAACACCUUACGUAGACUGUAACGACAAGGGAGUCGUGUUUCUUGAAGCCCGAAGUGAAGCUAAACUAGAAGAAUUCCAGCUUGGUAUGGCGCAAGAUGAAAAUCUCGACAAUCUUUUUGCGGAUAAUAUGGUGUGCAACAACUCUCCUCAUAGUACGAAUCUUGUCGGGAUUCAACUCAAUCACUUCGUUGGUGGUGGAGUCGGGCUUGCAGUAUCUUUGUCACACCUCGUUGGUGACGGUUGCACACUUGGAUCGUUCGUGAAUCAUUGGGCUUCCGUAGCACGCUAUGGAUCGGCCGACCACAAAGAGGUGCUGCCUUUGAAUCCGCAUUUCAUUCAUGUCCCAAGAACCGACUCAUCAGAAGCUCCGGUUAUGAAUCAACAGAAUGCUGGACUCAGUACUCCUGUCACGAGAAAAUUCUUCUUUCCUAACUCAAAGUUAAAUGAUCUUAAGAAGCUUGUCACGUCAGCUACAAACGAUAUCCCUACUCGGGUCGAAGUAUUAACCUCUCUACUUUACAAAACCACUGUGGCAGCAGCUACCACAAAUUCUGGUUGCUUUAAGCCAUCUUAUUUGAUGAUUCCGGCCAAUAUACGUAGAAGGUUACCCGAGCUGCCCCGAACUGCGGUGGGAAAUUUUGUGUCGCGUAUGAUGGUACCAACAACACAUGCGAGGGAAACAUCGUUAAGUAUGUUGGUUCGUGAGAUAAAGAAACAGAAGUGGCAACUUGAAGGAGUUAAAAGUAUGCAACAGGCAACUGAAAACUAUAAAUUGCUGAUGUCUAAACUGGGAAAUGAUCAAGAUUUAAAAACACUGAUUAAGAGAUCAUAUACAUGCAGCAGCUUAUGUGGGUACCCGUUUAACAAAGUGGAUUUCGGGUGGGGAAAGCCCAUGGCUACAGCUAUUGCCCUUAGAUCAGCAGGUCAAAACAGUUUUGUGCUGAUAGAUGCUGCAAACGGUGAUGGUAUUGAAGCGCAUGUGACUUUGGAAAUCCAAGACAUGGAAAUAUUCCAAAAUGACAAGGAGUUGCUUUCAUUUUGCCAAAUUAAUUAAUGGGUAACUGCACGUAUUAAUUUGUUAAUUUUUUAUCAUUAUGUUGCCUGUUGUGUGGA